AUGCCCUACGAUCCAGAUUGGGACCCGGACGCUAUAAUUGGCAGCGAUCUCGUUAACGAUCCUGCUGGGGGCUUUGUAAGCCCCUCGCCAGAACAUGAUGCAAACGGGUAUGAAAACGAAGACGGGCAGGAGGAUCGCAAGCUUGACGUCGAUAGUCGGAAUGGGAACGGCGCUGUGAAAAGGCCCUUGAUAUCCACCUCGAGGAUCGAUCCGCCACGUAUCCCGCAUUUUCCGAGCUUCAAGAAAGAAGAGUCAGUAGCAACACCUCCGAGCCGACUGCCCUUUCCUGGAGCCUCUGCCAUCCGAUCAACGCCUCAGCUGGAAGUAGUCCUUCACUCUAGUCCCCGGCGAAGGUCUUUCACCUCGGUAGACCGGCCAACUCAAGAUGCAAACCCAGAAACAAGCCUUGUCACGUCCGACAUUAUCCCAAAACCAAGCAUCAAGCGCGAAAAGCCCCCAAUAAAAGCUCAGGUAGCCUCAAAGAAGCCACCACCUCCCGCUGCUUCAGUACCCAAGACACCAGGAUCAUCCACAACCUCUCCUCAGCCCCGGAAGCGUGGCCGCCCAUUUGGUUGGAAGCCUGGUCAUGGCUCAUACGCUGCAUUGAGAGAGGGAUUCCCCCCGGGGAUGGUGCCAUCCAUGAUCAAACCGAAAAAGCUCACCGGCGAGCAGAAAGUGCGCCGUAAACCAGGGCGGAAGCCAGUUCCCACGGCCCGCCAGCUCUACCUCCGGCUUAACCCGCAGUUUGUUGUCUUCACUUGCGAGUGGAAGGACUGUCCAGCGAGACUGCAGAAUAUGGAGACACUCCGGAAGCACCUAUUCAUCGUCCACGGCAGGCCAUCGCCAUCAACCGGGGAAAGCCAGUCCACCAGCUUUCCCUGUGAAUGGGCAUCCUGUACCGUUUCACCCUUCCCAACUCUCGAUACCUUUAAAUCCCACGUCGAAACCGCCCACCUCCUUCCUUACCUCUGGCACGUCGGCGACGGACCGCAGAACAGCACGCCUUCGCCCUCACUCUCCCUCCCAUCUCGCCAACCCACUCCCCCCCACUCAACAAACAACGCCACCGCCAUCGCCAACAACAACCCCCCACAUCCCCUCCCCCACUACCUCUUCAACGCCCACGGCGAGCAAGUCACACCCUCAAUCCACGACCAACAACGCGAAACAGACGACGACCGGCGCAAGCGACAGGCGCGCAUCAACCGCGUGGUGCAGCAGCGCGACCGCAACGCGCCGGAGGAACCCGACUACACGGCGCACGAGCUGGAGAUCAUUGGCGAGGUGGCGCGGGCGAAGCGGGCAAGGCAGAAGAUGCUGGGGGAGUACGCGGAUGCGGUGCUUGAGGGGGGUGUUGGGGGGGAAGGGUGGAAGCCUUAUUAG